AUGGCACCCAGAUUUACAACAGGAUGGAGGAGAUUCGUGCCUUUCAUUGGAUACCACCAUGUGCUUAUGAUCUUGAUUGCAAUAGCAAUUAUCCUGCUUUCAUUGCUCCUAGCAGGGUGCUCAUCAACAUCUCCUCUCAUACCCGGAAUCUAUCUCAUCUCCCUCUACUACCAACAAUAUCCAGCCGUCUUUUCCGCCGUACAGGUGGACCCUAGCGUUUCCACAGCCAUAGCGAACAUUGUGGGAAAUGCUGAUCUCAACGUACGAGUGGGAUACUUUGGAAUUUGCAUACGGGUCGAUAACGGCGCCUGGAUGUGUAACCAGAACUCGACGGCACUCGCUGAUCUAGUGAGCAUUGACCAGGACCCGCUCAACUUGAUCUGGGUUGCCAGCACAUUCAAAAAUGCAGUCGUCUUCCCAUAUCUCAUCAUCAUCGCCAUUGUACUCGCUUUCCUCACAUUCCUACUGUUGGCAACGUUCCCGGGGUGGCACACUAGUACUGGGCCAGAUGGGUCCGAACAUGAGAUUCGACCUUUCCCAUCAAGAGCUGUGUCACAAGUUGCACUGGCCACGAUAUUUAUUGCAUCAGUAUUUGUACUGGUGUCGGUCAUGUGGCAACAUACAGCCGCCGUAGCAGCAAGCACGGUAGCCCAAGACCUUGGAAACGGAAGUGUCAAAUCCGGUGUGGGUACAGCGGCAAUGGUACUAGGAUGGUUUGGAUUUGGCCUCCUGGUUGUUGUCACGCUUGGGUUGCUUGUGAUGAUAUUGAGUAUCCAAUUACUGGAUCGACUGACUGAUGAUGUAUGA